CUUCACGACUGCGGACUUGACCGCGUCGCACGGUGGAGGUCCGGGCCGAGAGCACAUGCACAGAUCCGGGAGCGGCGCACACUGAUCGCCCAGUUGAAGUAGAGGACAACGUGAGACGGGGAAAGCGAACAAAGCCAAGAUGGCAUCAGCCAGAGAGGAGCGGGACGCGGCCGACCAGAACUUCGACUACAUGUUCAAGCUGCUGAUCAUCGGCAACAGCAGCGUAGGGAAGACGUCCUUCCUGUUCCGCUACACGGAUGACUCGUUCACGUCCGCCUUUGUCAGCACGGUGGGCAUCGACUUUAAAGUCAAGACCAUCUACAGGAACGACAAGCGCAUCAAGCUGCAGAUCUGGGACACAGCAGGUCAGGAGCGCUACCGCACCAUCACCACAGCUUACUACAGAGGAGCGAUGGGUUUCCUCCUCGUGUAUGACAUCACAAGUCAGGAGUCCUUUGUGGCGGUACAAGACUGGGGAACACAAAUCAAGACAUACUCGUGGGACAACGCCCAGGUGGUGCUGGUUGGGAAUAAGUUGGACUUGGAGGAAGACAGGCAGGUCCCCACCGAAGAUGCUCAGAGUCUCGCUACAGAGCUCGGCUUUGAGUUCUUCGAGGCCAGCGCCAAAGAAUGCAUCAACGUGAAGCAGGUUUUUGACAAGCUGGUGGACGUCAUCUGCGACAACAUGAACGACGGCGUCAGCUGUGAUGCCUCUCCGUCACCCAAUCACAAGGAAGCCGGCUUGAAGGACACUCCUCGCGGCAUCCAGGGGGGCUGCCCAUGUUGAUGGCCAAUACGCUGUCACGCACACAUUGCUAAGCUUGUCGACCUAUUCUUCCUCAAUCGGGCCUUAUUUAAAUGUGACUGUUACACUGAAAUACCAAAGAGCUGCUUUGCGGACACGUGCCAUUGACCUUGCCCCUUAUUUAUCACUUUUGUGUGUGUGGAAGCAGGCACCUGUUGCAGGCAAACACAUGGACCAAACCGGAGAGCAGUGAGGAUCACAGUACUUGUGUCAUGCCGCCACCUUGUGGCUGAUUUGGAAGUUGCAUAACCGUGACGUCAAGGUACAAGGGGAGCUCAUUGCUGUCAUUGUCUUGGAAUGUUUUGGGGGAAUUUCCACUGUAAAUGGUCACUGAUAAGACAAUAUUUCUUUUGCCACCUGUUUCUUUUAUUUUUGCUUUCAAAUGUGGGAAUUUAAAGGAUGCUUUGCACUCUGUCUGCUGUUAUGUUUUGGAAUAAAAUACUUAAUAUCAUAUUUA